AAACUCAUUUUGAGUCCUAAAUAAUAAUAUAGAGAGAGAAAAUAUGUGUCUUACUGAGGGAAAGCAGAAAACUAAUACUACUAAUGGCAAUGGUAAUGGUAAUUGCAAUAAUGGUAACGGUGUUGUUAAAAGUAAUGGUUAUUGCAAUGCCAACGAUGUUGUCAUUAGCCUUGAUCGAGGUGAUCCAAAGAUCUACUACACAUUUUGGAAGAACGUUGAUGACAAGUGCAAAGUGACCAUUAAGGCAUCGGACCUUAUGAGUUACUUUGCUGAUUUCGACGAGGGUGGCGUCUUCUACCAGCUGCCCGAGUUUAGUGAAGCCGUGCACCAGGUGCACCGCGUGGUGGGGAAUGCUGUGACCGAAGGCCGGUACAUCAUUGGAGGAACAGGAUCAUCUCAAUUGUUCUCCGUAGCCCUUCGUGCCUUAGCAUCCACCGUAAACGUAACACCAAAUAAUAAUAUCAACAAGAAAAAGCAAAUUCCCGUUGUUUGUGCUGAGCCCUAUUACUCGUGCUAUGAGGAGGCAUUAGAGGAAGAGAAAUCGGAGAUAUUCAAAUGGCAGGGAGAUGCUAACACUUUCGACGAGGAAGGCCCCUACAUUGAAGUGGUGACAACUCCAAACAACCCGGAUGGUAGGCUCCGUGAGCCGGUGGUGAAGAAGGAAGGUGGGAUGGUGAUAUGUGACCUUGCUUACUACUGGCCACAGUAUACACCCAUCACUGCUCCUGCUGAUUAUGAUGUUAUGUUGUUCACCUUGUCUAAGGCCACUGGCCAUGCUGGUUCCCGUGUUGGGUGGGCAAUUGUGAAGGACAAAGAAAUUGCAAUGAGGAUGAUAAAACUAAUGUUAUUGGUGACCAUUGGAACUUGCCAUGAAGGGCAACUUCGAGCAGCAAAGAUACUCGAGUUUGUUGCUAAUAGCUAUGAGCACCUUGCCAAUGGUAAGCUUUCCAAAGGUAACCCUGAGGUGAUAGAGCAACCAUUAGAAAAGUUUUUUGAGUUCAGCCACCGUAUGUUGGCUGAGCGCUGGACAAGACUCAGAGCUGCCAUCAAACGUUGCGGUGCCUUCAACUUGCCAGAGUACUUCCCACAGUAUUGCAAGUUCAUGAACAAGACCUCUCAUCCCAAUCCAGCAUAUGCAUGGAUGGAGUUGAAAACAGGUGAAGAUGCCGAAAAGCUGAUGAAUGAGCUAAAGAUCAGAGCAAGGGCAGGGCCAAAGUUUGGAGUCUCCUCAAAGUACAUAAGGGUUAGCAUGCUAGAGAGCGAUGACACCUUCAACCAGUUCCUGGAUAGGCUCUCUACUCUUGAGUAGACAACUAGCUAGAAAUAUAUCAGCAGUAUUUCUAGUAGAAAUAAAGGCAAACUUAAGAAUAAAGAGUGACUAGAGGCUCUAGUAGGUAUGUUUUCGCGUAUGUCCCCAUUAGUACAGGAAGCGUUUGCAAUGACUACAAUCUUGUCAAAGCCAUAUAAAUAGAAAGAUGCACUCUUGAUGAUGUAUAAGAAAAAAUAUAUUAGUAUACAAGAUCAAAGGUUCGGUGCAUAUCUUUAAUGGCGGUAAAAAUUGUAGUCAUUGUAAAAUAGUCGUAGAAGUAUGAUCAUCCUGCAGUAUAUAGCGGUGAUGUUUGGUUUUAGCAUGGUGGUCGAGUAUGAUGUAGUGUGUGUUGUUUAUUGUAAGACUUAAUGUUCGGUUUUAUCCAAGGUUUUCUAUCUUCUAGUCAAUAUGUUUCGUUAAGCUUCUUUGAUCAGCAUAUUUGGAUUCUUUCAUCUGAAUAUCUGAUAGAUUCUCUACAAUGAAGUCACUGAAAUUGUUGUUAUUAUUAUGAUAAAAGCAUCU